AUGGAGGCAACACUCGAUCAUGUUAUAUCAGUCUGGGAGCGUCAACGCAGCAAUAGUCAAAUCUAUGCUCUCCUCCUUGAAGGGAUAAACAUCUACCACGCAGAAAAUGGCUUAAUACGUGCCACUCUUCUCGUUCAACCACUUCACGUCAACUCGAAGGGCACACUGCACGGCACACUGUCGGCAUGUGUGAUUGACUGGGCUGCUGGUAUGGCCAUUGCAUCAACUGGUCACACAGUUACUGGCGUCAGCACGGAUUUAUCCGUUUCUUAUCUUUCGACUGCCAAAUUGGGUGAUACCCUGGAGAUUGAAUGCAAGAUCAGCAAGAUUGGAAAGACCCUGGCGUUUACUACAGUUACUGUCUCGAAGAUUGUCGAAGGAUCAGCUGUGAAUGUCGUGCAUGGCUCACAUACAAAGUACAUUAAGCAAUAG